UAUUGCGAUUCUGCUGUGCUAGGCGCUGGCAAUUGAAUGAAUAGCUGAGUUCCAAUGAAGGUAGCAAAGGGGGAGUAUUAUCGCAGUGUGUAUACCUGAGGUACCUGUCUUGCUGUGUGUAUAGUCUUUAUCGACUGCCCCUGACUGAGGGAGGACAAAACGGAGAUUUACAAGGAUGAAGAAACUCCCCAUCCUAGCCCUGCUCCUGUGGCUGUGUGCCUUGUUCUACGUGGGCAUCUUCCUGUUUGUGGGCGGCUUUCUGCUGGUGAGGCUUGAGGUCAACCGGACCAGCACCUGUGGGGAUGUUUUGCUGCCAGGGGGCCAGCAGGUGGACUUCUGCCAAGCACAGCCACGCUUUCGCAGGGCUGUGGUUCUCAUCAUAGAUGCUCUGAAGAUUGACUUUGCCCGUUUUGACCGUGCAAACAAAGAGCCCCGCCCAUUCGAGAACAAGCUGCCCGUGCUAGAGGAAAUUACCUCAUCAAAGCCCUCCCAUGCACGCCUGUACCCGUUCCGUGCCGACCCCCCAACCACCACCAUGCAGAGAAUCAAGGGUUUCACCACUGGCUCCCUUCCAACCUUUAUUGAUGUGGGCAAUAACUUUGCCUCCAGCGCCAUCCUGGAGGACAACUUAGUUCACCAGCUGGGAGAAGUAGGCAAAAGAGUGGUUUUCAUGGGCGAUGACACCUGGGAAAAUCUCUUCCCCAAAAAGUUCCACCGCUCCAUGCCCUUCCCCUCGUUCAACGUCAAGGAUCUGCACACCGUGGACAAUGGGAUUCUGCAGCACCUCUACAACAUCAUGGUAGGUGACGACUGGGAUGUGCUGCUAGCUCACUUCCUGGGGGUGGAUCACUGUGGCCACAGGUUUGGUCCUGACCACCCAGCCAUGGCUGACAAGCUCACCCAGAUGGACGAGGUCAUCAGAUCUGUCCUCGAUCGGCUGCAGAACGACACCCUGUUAGUGGUGAUGGGGGACCACGGUAUGACGGAUACCGGUGACCACGGGGGAGAGAGCCAGAAGGAGACCGACGCUGCCAUCUUCCUCUACAGCCCCUCUCCCCUCUUCCCAGAACCCCCGUCCCAGAGUGAUCCUGAGGUGGUGCCCCAGACAGACCUGGUACCCACCCUGGCCCUGCUCCUGGGCGUCCCCAUCCCCUACAGCAGUGUGGGGCAGGUCCUGCUGCCUCUGUUCGCCCCAGACGCUGGGGCAGUAGGUGCAGCGGCAGGUCUCAGCCAGGCGGAGGCGCUGUGGAUCAAUGCCAAACAGGUCAACCGUUUCCUGGAGACAUAUUCCAGCAUGGCUAAAGACAUCCCCCCUGAGAGUCUGUCUCGGCUGCAGGCAGACUUCACCCGCCUCUCCAAUGAGUACCUCAGCACUGUCGAACAGGGCUUCUCUCCAGCCCCAGAGCUGGUGGCCUCCCUUCAGCGCUACCUGACCUCAGUCCGGGACACCUGCCGUGCCACCUGGGCCCGCUUCAAUCCGGUCAAGAUGGCUGCCGGCAUAGCUGUGUUGGCGUGUGCCUGCGUUCUGUGUUAUGUCCUCUCCGAGAUGUCCUCCGCGCUGGCGCGGGAGAGUCGUCUGCUGAGAGCCCCCCUGGUGGCGGCCGCGGUGGCGGGGGCGUGUGUGGCUGCGAGCCAGCUGUUGGCCCGGGGCAAUGUGGAUGGGCCUUGGGCUCUGACAGCGGCAGCCCUCUCCUCUGAGGCCCUCUUCCUCUGGAGAGCCUGGCGGGUCCGGAGGACCGUCGCGGCCGAUGGGGAGGAGCCUUCCCCGAGGCGCUGGUGGCUGACCUUGCCUCACUUCUUCCUGAACCCGCCCCUCCUGGUGCUCCUCCUGCGCUGCGCCUCCCUGCUGUCGGACAGCUAUGUGAUCGCAGAGGGCCGCGUGGUCGCCUUCCUGCUCCUCUCCCUGAGCCUCUACGUCCCCUUCCGCCUCAACUGGGACGGCCUCCUACUGCCGCCCGUCCACGACCCCCUGAAACCCGCCGGGCUGCUGCCCUCCCCUGGGCUGUCCCUCCCCGCCGUCAGGAGGGAGAGCGGCACCUUCCUGGCCUCUCUGGGGGUCCUGGCCGGCUGUGUCUACCUCUCCCUGUGGUUCCACGGCUGUCGUGAGGAGCAGGGCUCCUGCCAGCCCUCGCUGUUUCUCACCCCCCUGUCACGACUGCAGGACAGCCGGCUGAAGAACCUCCACUACGUCCUGUCUCUGGCCUCUCUGGGCGCCUGGACCUACGCGCUGCGGCGUUGGCUGCGCCACUACGGCAACCUGAACAGCCCCGGCUGCGCCGUGUUCGCCGCCCGCUGGGUCGUCCCCCUGCUGUCGGUCUGCCUGGGGCUCCACUGGGCCGUCUCGGCCACCCCGGAGGAUAGCUUCCGGAACCUGGCGGAGCUGAUCAGCGUGGGCCAGCGGGCCCUCCCCAUGGCCGCCUUCUCUCUGCUGGGCCUCGGGCUGGCCCUGCUCUGGCUGGACCCGCUCACCGUGUUCGUCAAGGCCAGGGCGGCGGUGCCCGUCCGGAGCCCCGUCUCGCACCCGCCGCCCCGCUACAGGGCCAGCACGGGCGUCAGUCCCCAGGCGGAGCUGCACCACCUCAUCCCGCAGCUGUACCAGCGCAUGCGGCGCUCCCUGGAGGACGGAGAACCGGCCAGUGUCCCCGAGGGCGACGGCAGGCCUGCGGUGGAGGCCUACGGCCUGGGUACGGUAUACUCUGCACCCCUGGUCCUGCUGUGUGGCCUGUUGGGGCUGGGCCUGUUGCUGCUGCAUCCAGAGGGCAUGUCCCUGUCCUUCCUGCUGAUCCUCUUGGAGAUGGGAGCCAUGCUGCAGAUUCACGCCUCUUCUGCCACCCUAAACGGCCUGCAGGGGGCGCCCUCUGGUGGCUUUACGGUGCCCUGGACCCCGGUGGUUCUGUGGUCUCUGGCUGCCACCCAGUUCUUCCACGCCACCGGCCACCUGCCCACGUUCCCCUCCAUUCAGUGGGCCGCAGCUUUCGUGGGCUUCCCCGGUGGGCACACGGGCACUGUGCUGCCCGCGUCGCUGGUCGUCCUCAACACUUUCUCGUCUAACAUCCUCUUCGCAGUGGCUUCUCCUUUGCUCCUCUUCUGGCCGCUGGUGUGUGAGGUGCGCGGGGUACGGGGAGGAGGAAGGGGCGGGGAGGAAGUGGAUGACAAUGCCAUCAUGGAGAUGCGAUUGAGGGAAAGUCCCCGGCAAUUCAGCUCUGCCCUUCUUCAGCUCUCCACACGCUACCUGUUCAUUACCGGAGCACAGGUGUUUGCAUCAGUCUGUGCGGCUGCUAUUCUCAGGAGACAUCUCAUGGUGUGGAAGGUUUUUGCACCCAAGUUGAUGUUCGAGGCCUCAGGGUUCCUGGUGAGCAGUGUGUCUGUGCUGGCCGGUGUGUCCCUGGUGUUGAGGGUGGACCUGGCAGUGGGGCGCUGGUUUCAGAGACUCCUCCCUGACACGUCCAGGUAGCAAUGCUCCUCCAGCUGCCCAGGACUCAAGUCUUUGGUACCCUACUCUGCACACCCCCCCUCCGGUUUCAGGGCGAGGUGAGAGUGGCAGGGGUGGGGAGAUGGACAGAGGGUCUCCAACGUUGUUCGGGGGACGUUGCCAGAUGAACGUAUCUGGCGUCAGUGUUUGGAGAGCGUUAUGUCUCAACGCGGCUCUCGUGCUCGGUUAGAGAAGAUGGACCACAAUGGAACUGGAUGUUUGGAAGUGUUCAUGUCCAUCGUCAAGAUGACAAACUCAUCAAAAAAGCAUCUGUCAUACCCGGCUAAAUCCUCCUUGGUUGUGUAUGGGAGAGAUUCAAGCCUUCAUUACAUUAGUCACCAGUAGAUUGCCUAUCUGAUGGGCAGUUAAUGAGGUUGUUGAUGGAUUGGAGACCCACAAUGUUCUCUGGCACAUGCUCAGUUAUGUGAGACAGGUUACAGGAAAUGGGUGGAUAGCGUUCAUAAGCAAUUAAUAAAUCCUUCUCUGCAAAGUGCAUUAUGUCUGUCAUCUCAAGUGUCUGCUGAAUAAAUGUUUUUUAUAACUUU